GCCUGGGGAGGGGCUGCCGCUCUCCGAGUCUGAGGCGGCGCGGACGCGUGGGGGCGCCUCGGCGCCUGGAGGGCGGGAGCUCGCUGCAGGCCUGGGGUGUGGAUCCCACGGGGAGCCCGGGCGCUCCCCGGGCCCAGGCUGGCCCGCCGAGAUGGGCUCGGUCUCCUCAGCGCUGACGAGGUCCCGCAGCACCGUGGUGCAGUUGGGCUCGGCGCCACCUCAGCCCGAGCAGCUACCGGCCACUUCUGCUGCUGGCAAAGACAGAUUCUUUCUGCCCAAGAAGACCCGGAGGCCGGGAUCCGGGCGCGGAGCGACCCCCACCCCGCCGCCCGCUGCCUGGGAGGCGCAGCCCGCCAGCGACGGCCGCGAAGGACGCGCCAAGUUGGCGAGCCCCGAGCGAAGCCCGGAGCUGUCUCCGGUGCUGAAGCAGGCGGAGGCGGCGUCCCAGCCGCACCUGUCCCGGAGCCCCAGCGCCGCAGAAGCAGGUGCCAGGAGGAGUGCCACUGAUGCGGAGAAGUGCAGCCCCCUGGGGGACACUGUGGAGAAACUCCCCGGGGAUGGAGAGCAAGUUGCAAACGAAGCCGGAGACAAGAAUGCCAGACCCCUCGCACGCUUCUCCCGGUCUAAGUCACAGAACUGUUUGUGGAACUCCCUCAUCGAUGGGCUCACGGGGAAUGCCAAGGAGAAGCCACGGCCAACGAUCGUCCAUGACCCGCGCCCACCAGAAGAGAUCCUGGCUGAUGAACUGCCACAGCUGGAUAGCCCAGAAGCGUUGGUGAAGACAUCCUUCAGGAGGAAAUAUAAGAAAACAUCUCAGAGGUUACGGUCUUUGGUCAAACAGUUGGAGAGAGGGGAGGCCUCAGUGGUGGAUCUGAAGAAGAAUUUGGAAUAUGCAGCUACCGUGCUGGAAUCUGUCUACAUUGAUGAAACCAGGCGACUCCUGGAUACAGAAGAUGAGCUCAGUGACAUUCAGUCCGAUGCUGUGCCUUCUGAGGUCCGAGACUGGCUGGCCUCUACCUUCACCCGGCAGAUGGGGAUGAUGCUUAGGAGGAGUGAAGAAAAGCCCAGGUUCAAGAGCAUCGUCCAUGCUGUGCAGGCUGGGAUAUUUGUGGAGAGAAUGUAUAGACGGACAUCAAACAUGGUUGGCCUGAGCUACCCACCAGCGGUUAUUGAAGCAUUAAAGGAUGUGGACAAGUGGUCCUUCGAUGUCUUUUCCCUCAACGAGGCCAGUGGAGAUCAUGCACUGAAAUUCAUUUUCUAUGAAUUACUUACACGCUAUGAUCUAAUUAGCCGCUUCAAGAUCCCCAUUUCUGCACUUGUCUCCUUUGUGGAGGCCCUGGAGGUGGGCUACAGCAAGCAUAAAAACCCCUACCACAACCUGAUGCAUGCAGCCGAUGUCACCCAGACUGUGCACUAUCUGCUGUACAAGACAGGAGUAGCGAACUGGCUGACAGAACUGGAAAUCUUUGCUAUCAUCUUCUCAGCUGCCAUCCAUGACUAUGAGCAUACCGGAACCACCAAUAAUUUCCACAUCCAGACACGGUCUGACCCAGCCAUCCUCUACAAUGACAGAUCGGUGCUGGAGAAUCACCAUUUGAGUGCAGCCUAUCGCCUUCUGCAGGAAGAUGAGGAGAUGAAUAUUUUGAUCAACCUCUCCAAGGAUGACUGGAGGGAGUUUCGGACCUUGGUAAUUGAGAUGGUGAUGGCCACGGAUAUGUCUUGUCAUUUCCAACAAAUCAAAGCGAUGAAGACUGCCCUACAGCAGCCAGAAGCAAUUGAAAAACCAAAGGCCUUAUCCCUGAUGCUGCACACGGCGGACAUCAGCCACCCUGCAAAAGCCUGGGACCUGCAUCACCGCUGGACCAUGUCACUCCUAGAGGAGUUCUUCAGACAGGGCGACAGAGAAGCAGAGUUGGGACUACCUUUUUCUCCUCUGUGUGACCGAAAGUCGACGAUGGUUGCUCAGUCGCAAGUAGGUUUUAUUGAUUUCAUCGUGGAACCCACCUUCACCGUGCUCACGGACAUGACCGAGAAGAUUGUGAGUCCACUAAUUGAUGAAACUUCCCAAACCAGUGGGACAGGACAGAGGCGUUCAAGUUUAAAUAGCAUCACUUCAUCAGAUGCCAAGCGGUCAGGUGUGAAGAGCUCUGGGUCGGAAGGAAGUGCCCCCAUCAACCACUCUGUCAUCCCUGUUGACUACAAGAGCUUUAAGGCUACGUGGACUGAAGUGGUGCACAUUAAUAGGGAGCGAUGGAGGGCCAAGGUGCCCAAAGAGGAGAAAGCCAAGAAGGAGGCUGAGGAAAAGGCUCGCCUGGCUGCUGAGGAGAAGCAAAAGGAAAUGGAAGCCAAAGGCCAGGCGGAAGAGGGCAAGGUGGAGAAGAAGGCAUCUGGAGAUGCCAAGAAUCAAGGUAACGGGACACGCACAAACAGAAGUGAGAACCCUCGUGGGAAGAAUGCCAAGGUGGAGAAGGCAUCGGGAGAAAAGUCACAGACUGGUGACUUGAAAGAUGGUAAAAAUAAGACAGAGAAGCAGGAUCACUCCAACGCUGGAAAUGAUUCAAAGAAAACAGAUGAUUCGGAAGAGUAAAACAGACCUCAGAUACAAUAAAAGAGGCUGCCCAUGCCUCCCAUCAUUUUAGCUGAGCUGCUUCAUUCUCCCUCUUCCACAAAGACCUGUUUCUGGGGAAGGUGUGCAACUUUCAAAAGCAAGCUCUCCCCUGCACCACCCCUGACACUUGGCCUUCUCUCAUGGGUCUCCUCCAACGGGAUGACUCUGGGAGUUGGUUUAAGAUCUGAGAACUACUGGGGAUUUUCCCCCAAGCAAACAAGCCAACUUGAGAUUUUUGCACAGAGGUACAACAUGAAGGGACUUCCUCAAACUCCUUUGCUGGUGACCUGGCUUUCAAGGCACCUGUCUGGCCUGAUGAGAAUGGACAUCCUGGAUGCGCCGAGGCCUGGAAAAGUCACAGAAACUGCCAUUUUAUUACUGUCAAUGCCAUUACUUUAAGGGUUUUUACACUGGCUACUGUGAUGGAUACAGCCAUACCAGCCAUCAUCACAGCUAAGAUAUUUGAUUUCUGGUUUUUUCCUGAAUCAGGACCAUUUAUUUUCUUCAAUUUCUUUUCAGAUGUAAGCAUUGUUUUUGUGCUUUUUUUCUCCAUUUGUAUAAUAUGUAAUUCUGUGUUUUUUUUAAAAGAAAUGAUCCUACAGAAGUCUUUGAUGUUUUUCUGUGCAUUCAUAUUAAUGAUCCUAACCGUUCAGGCAAGAACUCCAUUGUUUUCACUGAGUAGCAUCCAUAGUCAAGUGGUGACUAAAGUUAGGACCACUGGCUGUUCCUCUUCUGAUGGAUUAGCUGUGGAUUAACUUCAUCAUUCAAGUGCUAAGGGAACUGGUUCCAGGGAGAUAUUACAGGCAUUUCAUAUGGAGCAAUCAUUAAAUAAGAAUAGUAGGGGCUGUAUUGCUAUUCUUUCAAAACCUGAAACCAAGUUAAACCAAGUUAAAAGUGAUAUCCGAUGGAGUGUAAGAUAAGGUCGACUAUGAGUCUACAUAGCUUGAUCAAAGCGAUUUUCAAACUGGAUAUGGGCCACCAAGGUGUCUGAGUUCUCCCCCAAAGUAAAUCACAUGAUAUGUUAGGCUGAAGUGGGAUUGAUAGUAGGGAGGAAUUCAG